CGGGGUGGCUCCGCCUUGUCUCAGUUUGUUGCGCACACACACGAGGCACCGCACAACAUAAAGCAGGCGCCAGGAGGGUCACGGAGGCUGCGGCUCGAUCUAGCAGCGAGGCCGCAUUGCAGAGACCGGCAGAGAUGGACAGGGGCGGCCAAGGACACAUGGAAUGAGGUCGUACCUUUGGACAAGUCGAAUAGUCUCGCAAAAUCAGGUUGCGGCAGCUCCUAGGCUGCUUCUUGUAGACAGGUCUUUACUCUAGGAAGGCUCAUAUCUGCAUCAUAAGUAUCUAGACCUUGUGCUUCUACUCCGUGGCUCCAUAUUGUGCGGCUCUUUGCCUCUUCAACGACCUCUUCACGACUCUACAAGUACAUGAGCAAGGACUCUAGACCACGGCAUGCUACAAAAUGACUGAACAAGCCCCGCUCGAGCUUGAUGCUCCACUGCCAAAGCACAUAGAUUUACCCCUGCGCUAUCAGCAGCGCUGCUUCCAGGACAUCUACGCAGAAGAUGGGCUGAUUAUUGUUGCUCGCGGGCUCGGACUCCUGAGCAUCGUCGCCAAUCUCCUCUUUGCCCUUGAUGUCCCUGGAAGUCUGACGCUUCUAGUCAAUGCCGAGGCACAUCAGCAAGAUUGGCUCGGCGAGUUCCUAGUAGAGCGCCAGGCCGUCACGGGCCAAGGUGCUGGUAUGACGAAAAUAACUUCAGAAUCGACAGGUGUUGAUGCACGAGCCAAGGCUUAUGCUCGAGGCGGUGUAUUGGCCGUCACUUCUCGCAUUCUCAUUGUCGACUUGCUCUCCCGAAACCUGAAUCCAGCGACAGUGAGUGGCGUCGUUGUGCUUCAUGCAGAAACAGUUCGCAGUACAUCUAUUGAAUCCUUCAUUUUGCGGGUCAUACGAUCAGACAACAAGGAUGCACCGAUCAAAGCUUUCUCUGACCAGCCUGAGGCAUUCACAGGCUUCGCACCGCUCGCAAACAUGCUCAAAAGUCUCUUUGUGCCUCGCGUCUUUCUCUGGCCUCGCUUCCAUCUGGACGUGGCCGAAUCACUGGACAGUCGCAAGGCUGAUGUCGUGGAGCUCGAAGUAGCUAUGACGCCAGCAAUGCGGGAUAUUCAGAAUGCCAUCAUGGAAAGUAUGGCUGCGGUGAUGAAGGAGGUGCGCAAUGCAAACAGUCAGCACCUCGAUUUGGAAGAGUGGAACACUGAGCAUGCGCUGCACAAGCAAUUCGAUGCAGUCAUUAGACGACAACUUGCGCCCGUUUGGCACAGAGUCAGUUGGCGAUCAAAAGACUUGAUUGCAGAUAUCGGCACAUUGCGACAUCUGUUGCACCAACUGCUGACUUACGACUGUGUCACAUUCAACAAGGAGAUUGAUGUCCUCUACAUCCACAACAGCACAGAACGGAAUGCAAAGUUCCAAAGCUACGAUCCUUGGCUCAUGCAGGAUGUCGCGCAGCCAAUCUUUCAGCUCGCUCGCGAGCGAGUCUAUCGCAGCAAGAGCGGAGCACAUACUCCUGUCGGUGUUUUGCCAGCAGAUCUAGAGCCUGUCCUUGAAGAGCAACCCAAGUGGGAGCAGUUGACUGAAGUGCUAGAUGAGAUUCAUCGCGAAAGUCAAUUUGAAGAGCAUGUGGAUUUGUCAAACUCGACGAUUCUCAUCAUGUGCAACGACUACAAGACUUGUCGAACGCUCAAAGACUUUCUCGAGACUGAGGAUCACUCGGGUCGCAUAUUCCUUGAUCGCAAGCUGAACAGCUAUCGGCAUUGGAAGCGCACAUACAAGCCCAUCGCUACUGAGCUGGCCGAGAGACAGGAAGAGCCCAAACGCACAACAGUCUACAAAGGGCCUCUCAACAAGCGUCGGCGUGUUCGUGGUGGCGGUAACUCGAGCGGCAGAACUGAAUUGCAGGCUACUCAGCAAAGCAAUCAAGAUCUACUGGAGCCGUUGGCUGAGGCACCAGAUGAGCUGGCAGAUAUGGAGGACUGCUAUGGCCUCGUUGACCAGGACGAUCUUGUUGUCAUCUUACCCUACAGUGGUGAUCUUGACGAUCGCGUACUUGAGGAGCUGCAGCCCAAGUUCGUCAUCAUGUACGAGCUAGACCCUGCCUUUGUUAGGCGCAUUGAAGUGUUUCGAACACUUCAUCGUGAGCUGAAUUUGAGAGCCUACUUUAUGUUUUAUGGCGGCAGUGUCGAAGAACAACGCUAUCUCAGUUCUGUGCGCAGAGAGAAGGAUGCCUUCUCCCGAUUGAUUCGCGAGCGUGCUACCAUGACUCGUAAUCUCACGCAAGAGGUACGACCUGGCGAUGAUGAGCAGGAAUUGUUCUUUCGCAAGGUCAAUACAAGAGUUGCUGGGGGCGGUGGGCGUCUUGCAGCGACAAGAGAACAACCACGUAUUAUUGUUGAUGUGCGCGAGUUCAGAUCUUCGCUGCCGGGCUUGUUGCAUGUGCGAGGCAACUUCCUCCAGCCGUGCUUCUUGCUGGUCGGCGACUAUGUCAUUUCGCCUGACAUGUGCGUCGAGCGCAAGUCCAUCUCUGACUUGAUUGGCUCUUUUGCGAAUGGACGUUUGUUUCAGCAGUGUGAGCAGAUGCUGCAGCACUACAAGACGCCCCUUGUACUCAUUGAGUUUGAUGAGGACAAGGCAACUCGAUUCACACCCUUUGGCAAUGAUAAGGGUGGUGAUAUUGCCGACGUUGACUUGCAAACAAAGCUCGUCAUGCUCAACUUGGCCUUCCCAGCCAUCAAGUUCAUCUGGUCCUCCUCGCCGCUUGUGACGGCUGAGAUUUUUGAAGAGCUGAAGCGGACGCACAGCGAACCAGAUGCGAGAGAAGCCGUUUCAAAGGGAAGUGGCGAGCAAGGGGACACGGUGCUGAAUCAAAAGGCCAUUGAUUUGCUUGAGGCACUUCCCGGUAUCUCUGGCAAGAAUGCGCCAAAUAUCUACAGGCAAUGUGAGAAUAUAUCCGAGCUGGUCAACCUGGAGGAACGCGACAUGAUUCGAAUGGUUGGACCAGAAACUGGCAGAAGACUACACCGGUUCAUUAAUAAAGAGUUGGGUUAAAAGGCAGACGCUUCAAAAAUGAA